AGACACACAGGCAGCUCUGGCAGCUCCUGGACUGGAAUUCAGGUUUCCUCCAGCUCCAGCGAUGGAUCAGUGCUGGUACCACGGCAACAUCACUCGCUCCAGGGCUGAAGACCUGCUCUCCAAAGUAGGCAAGGAUGGCAGCUUCCUUGUGCGGGCCAGCGAGUCCAUCGCCUCGGCGUACGCGCUCUGUGUGCUGUUCCGGAAUUGUGUCUAUACCUACCGAAUUCUGCCUGGUAAAGAAAACAAGCUCGUUGUCCAGGCAUCAGAGGGUGUUCCUGUGAAGUAUUUCGAGAACUUGGAGGAACUGAUAGAAUUUUACAGGAAGGAGAACAUGGGUCUGAUAUGGCACCUCAAAUACCCAGUGCCACGGGAAGAGGAGGAGGCUGCAGAUGAACUAGAGGAGGAUGCUGACCUGGUGCCCACGCCUCCCAUCCUGCCCCCACGCAACAUCCUCAUGGCACUGCCGGGUGGUGACACAAAGGAGGUCUCCUCUCUCCCUGAAAACUCCAGAGUGGCAGAUAGUAAUAAACUGUCCCUUUCUGAGACACUACUCCAGCGCCUGCAGUACCAGGAUACGAGCAGUGUCUCUGACGAGCAUCUUAAACUCAUCCAGGAUUACCUGCGAGUUCACAUCAUCAGUGACUUCGAGAUGGUGCAGACUGGCUCAAGCAACCUUCCUCAACUGAAGAAACUGCUUACAGUUCUUUGCAAAGGACUCUUCAGUGAGGCCUCUAGGACUCUGCCAUCCCUGGAAUCCAUCCAGAAGGUGUUUGAGCAGCAGCUGCACCCCGGUGUCCACCAGCGCUCCCAGAUGCUUGGUGAAGCAAGUCCAGUCAAUAUUGUAUUGAAACUCAACCAGCUGAUUUCUUUGCUGUCUUCUAUUGAAGAAAAGGUGAAAACACUGUUGAUUGAAGGUCCUGAUUCAACACACCGGCGCUCCCUUAUUCCCCCUGUCACUUUUGAGGUGAAAGCUGACUCCCUAGGGAUUUUCUCAAAAAUACAACUCAAGGUUGAUGUGGAAAUGGGAAAACUGAUUAUCAAGAGAUCUAAGGAUGGUCCAGAAGACAAGUUUUAUACCCACAAGAAAAUCUUGCAGCUUAUCAAGUCCCAGAAGCUCCCAAACAAACUGGUGAUUGUGCUGGAAACAGAAAAAGAAAAAACACAGCGGAAGGAAUAUGUUUUUUCUGAUUCCAAGAAGAGAGAAGGGUUCUGUCAGCUUCUGCAACAGAUGAAGAAUAAACACUCAGAGCAACCAGAGCCUGAUAUGAUCACCAUCUUCAUUGGGACCUGGAAUAUGGGUGCAGCACCUCCCCCAAAGAAGAUCACCUCCUGGUUCCUCUCCAAGGGGCAGGGGAAGACCCGUGACGACACUGCUGACUACAUUCCUCAUGACAUCUAUGUGAUUGGCACCCAGGAGGAUCCCCAAGGGGAGAAGGAAUGGCUGGAGACACUGAGACAAUCUCUGCAGGAAAUCACCAGUAUCAGCUUCAAAGUGAUAGCUAUCCAUACCCUCUGGAACAUCAGGAUAGUGGUACUGGCCAAGCCAGAACACGAGAACCGCAUCAGCCACAUCUGCACAGACAACGUGAAGACAGGCAUCGCAAACACCCUGGGUAAUAAAGGAGCGGUGGGGGUGUCAUUCAUGUUUAAUGGAACCUCCUUUGGGUUUGUUAACAGCCAUUUGACUUCUGGAAGUGAAAAGAAACACAGACGCAACCAGAACUACACGAACAUCCUGCGCUUCCUGACGCUGGGAGACAAGAAACUGAGUCCGUUCAACAUCACUCAUCGCUUCACUCACCUGUUCUGGCUGGGGGACCUGAACUACCGCGUGGAGCAGCCCCCGGCGGAAGCAGAGAAUAUUAUCCAGAAGAUCAGGCAGCAGCAGUAUCCGGAGCUGCUGGCUUUCGACCAGCUUCUCCUUGAGAGGAAAGACCAAAAGGUGUUCCUGCAGUUUGAGGAAGAAGAAAUCACAUUUGCUCCCACCUACCGCUUUGAGAGAGGCAGCCGGGAGAAGUACGCGUACACCAAGCAAAAGGCUACGGGGAUGAAGUACAAUUUGCCAUCCUGGUGUGAUCGAGUGCUCUGGAAAUCCUACCCCCUGGUGCACGUUGUGUGUCAGUCCUAUGGCUGCACCACUGACAUCAUGACCAGUGACCACAGUCCUGUCUUUGCCACCUUUGAAGUGGGAGUUACCUCACAGUUUGUCUCCAAGAACGGUCAGUCAGACUCCAAGUACACAGAUUCCCAAGGGGAGAUAGAGUUCCUGCACUGCUGCGCCACUCUGAAGACCAAGUCCCAGACCAAGUUCUACAUUGAGUUUCAUUCUAGCUGCUUAGAAAGUUUUGUAAAGAGCCAGGAAGGAGAAAAUGAGGAUGGGAAUGAAGGGGAGCUCGUGGUAAAGUUUGUCGAUGCACUUCCAAAGCUGACCCCAAUUAUUUCAGACCCGGAAUACCUACUGGAUCAACACAUCCUGAUCAGCAUUAAGUCAUCAGACAGUGAUGAAUCUUAUGGGGAAGGCUGCAUUGCCCUGAGAAUAGAAGCAACAGAAUCCUUAGCUCCUAUCCACACUGUGCUGACACACCAUGGAGAGAAAACAGGAGUCUUCCAAGGUGAAAUCAAGUUGCAAACAUCACAAGGGAAACAGAGAGAGAAGCUGUAUGAUUUUGUCAAGAUUGAACGUGAUGAAAUUGCUGGGCAGAAAACAAGGAACAUCAGCAAUUUAGAGCCUAACAAAGAGUGGGAUCAGACUAACAGAAAGUCAAAAUCUACUCAUCUGAUGGCCAGAGAGGCAGCAGCCGUGGCUCGCUACUGGGGGAGUGCGUCUCCUUCUGCAGACAGCGCAGGAAAGGAGGAUAUCCUACGCAACUCCACCCCCACAGACAUCAGCAACCCCAACUACCUGGGGAUGGCUCCCUUCUCUCAGCAGCCCUCUGCAACCUGCCAGCAUAAGCAGACACCUUCAGCAGACCAGCCACCUUCUCUCUGGAACUAUGAGCAGCAGCCCAAAGAGACCACCUCCCUGAUGGGACAGAGUCCCUCAUCCUCCACAUCGCCCUCCUUGUCACCUCUAUCCCCAAAGCCAUCCCUCCAGCCCACAGCAAACAGAAGCAUUUGUAGUCGGAGUCAAGAGUACCUGCCACCUGAACUGGGGAAAUCCACAGCAGAGCCUGUGCUUCUGGAGGAGGGACAGCAAAGGCCGGAGAUGUUUGAGAACCCUCUGUAUGGCUCGAUGGGCUCCAAGGGCAAGGUGCCUCCCAAGAAGGAGCAGGAAUACCCCAAGGCCUUGCGGAAAGAGCAGCUGCCACUGCCUGAGCAGAGCUGUCAUCUCACAAAGCCACAGGAGCCUGAGGGCAGCAAGACCCCUGGCAAACAGCCAUCCCCACCUUUCCUGGUCCCCACACAGCGAUUCCGGUCCUACACCUGCUCCGGCCAGGCGGAAGAAAAGAAUACAGGUGAGAAGAGCCAAGGCAAACUGAAGGUGACAACGCCACUGGAAAACUCGGCACAGCUCAAGAAACUAGUGAAGCCAUUGAGGGCUGAAGUCAGCCUGAGCACCCAGGGACAGCAGAACAAGCCGCCCCUUCCCUCGAAGAGUCGGGCGGUGCUGGACAUGCAGAACUCCAAGGGCCGAGAUUAUCGGGACAGCUCAGAGCUGCCGCACUCCGGGAAGCACCGGACAGAGGAGGCACCCAUGGGCAGGACAACUACACCGUGAACAUGACACAGCAGCCGGCAUCCCAGGAAGAAUCCUGAUGGGAAGAACGAUGGAGAUUGCUGCUUUGUUCACUCAUCUCCUCUGGUCUGGUUCUAAAAAGACUGAGGAUUUUUAUUUUUGAGGGUGGACCCCUCCCUGUGAUUAUGAAAAUGUUCUAGCUGAGAAGUUUAUCCUAUGUUGCUCAGAUCAAGAGGAGCCAGGAGCACAAUACCAAGUGCAAGUUACCCUUUUGAGUGUCACUUUGGUACUUCCAUUAAGAAGCAGUGGCCAAGUACAUGCAUUAGUAAGUGUUUUGAAAAAGAGGAAGGUACGGUGUGUAAGGACUAGGAGAUGGGAGGGGUGGAUUUAGAGAACCCCUUUAUACAAAAGCAAGAUUUCUAUUUUGUUACAGGAUUCCUAUUAAAGAGUGAUAUGUAAAAGAAAGUAUCUUGAAAGCGGUACAGCUCCAAAAGCAUGUCCUGUCCAUGGAGCGAGGAAUUAGGGGAGGGAAAAGAGUCUGAAUAGCAGCUACUGAUGAGGGUCACACACUGUCAGCAGAGCCAGCUUUGCUCUCGUCUGCCGCGCUCAGGUAACGCAGCGGGUGAGGCACCGCGGCUCCUCCUCCUUCCAGCGGGUCGUGCUUUAAUACCCCAACGAACAGAGGGAAACCAGAACUGCGGGAGGGGAGGAGAAGCAGGGCCCAGGGGCAGCCUCGGAGUGCAGCUCCGGAGUCUCCCCGGCCUGUCUGACAGCAAGCACUCUGCUUUGGAAGGACACUGGCCAGCUGAUUGUGUAGCAUUCCUAACAGAUUAAUGCUGACCUUACUGUACACGUGUGCUCAGUGACUGAAUGAUGUUAACACACUCGUCAGUUCUGUUGUGUUCAUGUAAAGUGUUAAUUCUGUGGUUACAACUGGGUUAUGCCUGUUGUGACUUAAUCAUGGCUAUUGUUUCCAUGUUGAUUACUUAAAAAAUAAUAAAAUAGUUUUCUGACCAUUCUUUACUGAAAAUUUAAAA